ACUUAUUCGUUCUUUCGAACAUCACUUUUUCUCUAUACCAUCACCAGUUACUCACGAUCUCUCCGAUCGAGGUGCCGAUCCGAAUUGUCCAUUUCCGAGAGACAAUUCAACCCUCACACACCUAAAAUCCUCCACUUCAAUCUCACAACGAUCUACGUAAGGGAGUGGAAUUUCUAAUCGACAUUGACGUACAUAAAUUACGAUAAGAGAGUCGGCCAUUGAGCGGUCUAGCCAUGGCUACUCUUGCGAUAUUGCGCUCUACCAGAGCUGCCCUCCCACGACAGGGCUUUCACAGAUGCCAGCCUAUCUUCAUAGAGUCGCGUCGAAAUAUUUCCUCCUCUUCCUACCUAGUAACACCCAAAGAGCUAGCGGAAGCUCUAAAGAAAAACCCACCAAACUCCAUCAGUACCGAUCCUCGAGUUAUUCCACUAUGUGCCGCAUGGUUUCUACCGAACGACAAGCGACAGGGCAUCGAAGUCUUCCGUGAGAAGCGAAUACCGAAAGCCCGAUUCUUCAACCUAGACAAAGUAAUUGACAAACGAAGUCCUUACCCCCACAUGCUACCUAGUCCUAAGACAUUCGCCGAAGCAAUGAGCUCCCUCGGGAUUCAGAAGCAAGAUACAGUAGUGGUUUAUGACACAAAGGAAUUAGGUAUCUUCAGUGCGCCAAGAGUAGCCUGGACUCUCAAGGUAUAUGGUCACCCUCAGGUGCAUAUCCUGAACAACUUCAAGCUCUGGGUGGAAGAGGGCCUUCCCACAGAAUCAGGAGAACUCUACAAUGUAGAGUGCAACCCAUACCCAAUUCCCAAGCCUGACGAAUCCAAGGUAGCGAGCUUCGAAGAGGUGCGGGAGGUUGCUCUAGAUUACAACAAGGAAGGUGCGGAAGGCGUUCAAAUCAUUGACGCGAGGCCCAAUGGCAGAUUCACCGGCAAGGAUCCCGAACCCAGGGAAGGUCUUUCGUCCGGCCACAUGCCUGGUUCUAUCAACAUUCCCUUCAAUGCCGUUCUCGACCCGGAGACGAAGGCAUUCCUACCAAAGGAGCAGUUGCAGAAGCUAUUUGCAGAGAAGGGAGUAGAUCCAUCAAAGCCCAUUAUCUCGACUUGUGGCACUGGUGUAACAGCGGUUAUCAUUGAGACCGCUCUUGAGGAGGCAGGUUAUGGUACUCCUGAGACCCGAAGGGUCUACGACGGCAGUUGGACUGAAUGGGCACAACGAGUCACACCCUCAGAUUCCCUGAUUCGAAAGGAUGUAUAAGGGGGUACGGGGUGAAUCGCAUACAUACAGGCUGAUGAUGAGAUACCCUCCUUCUCGAUAAUUUGUUGUGUUUGUGUUGGUUUAAAUUACACUCUUCCGCAUACCCCCUUUCCCCUUUUUGUAUCGUUUACGUCGAGCAUGAAUCACGGAUGGUUUACUCCACUUACCUGCUAUUAGGACAGUUGCGUUGGGUUAUGGGUAUUCUCGGUUACAAAAAUUCAAAUGCCUAUUGUAAAUAUGACCUAGACCUUCAAGGUCAAGUGCGAGGUAUUCACGGCUACCACAACGUGGCCCAAUUUGCGAACUUUGCUUUUGAUGCAUUGCGUU